AUGCUCGGUACGCGCAGUAAUCCAAUCUGCGUGUGUGUAUGCGCUCGUACGGGGCUAUGUAAACGAACACCAGCGCAAGUUGCAACGUGCGUGCGACACCCGGACGCGUCUGUGUGCGUGCGGCGCUGCGAGGAAGCUGCGCGUGAGAUUUCCCCGCACGCAGCUGCGGUGGCCAGGUGCGCGCUCCCCUGUCGCGGAACUCGCCUCCCCCCUCCCCCCGCCUCUAACCGCUCCCGUGUACAGUCGAGAGCAACUGCUAGGACCCAUUUACUAGAACAAAAC